CGUGUGUGUGUGUCUCUGUGCGGGUGUGCGCACCGGCUGAUUGGUGAGCGACACUCGGUGACGACUGGCUGGCCGCGCCGCACCACUGCGCCGCCGACGCUCGCACGGCUUGCACGUCCACCCGCUCCCGCCGCCACCUGCCGCCCUGCCGGCCGCCCACGCCGCCCGCGCGCCCACCGCCAGAGAGAGAUAGUCUUAGUUAUUGUCGCGCCGCGUCGGUACGCCGGAGAGAGAGAGAGAGACACCCGGUGAGAUAAUACAGUGGUGUUGGACGACUUGUGUCUUUACUCAGUGCUAGAGACGGUGAGGUGAGACAGACAUGGAGGACAGCUCUAUACCCGACGACUGUAGGAGUGUCCGGUCCGGGGGGUCCGCUAAUGGGCGGUCUCCCCCCCCUCUCUCACCCGUCAUCACCAGCAUGGUGAAUUGUGUCUCUCCCAGCAGCCCGCCGCCGCCCUUAAUGGCCGCGCCGCCCCUGUCCGUGCCCGGACCUUCGCCGCCCGGAGGGCAUUCGCCGCCCAUCUUUCCCUCCCCUCCGCCCACAUCCCGCCCGCCACCCUUCCUGCCCGCCCUGUAUUUCUCUCACGCCUACAACUCCCCUCCGCCCAUCCACACCUCAGACCCGACAGCUAACGACUGCAAACUCGUCGAAUACAGAGGCCAGAAGGUUGCAGCUUUCAUUAUCAACAACGAAUCCAUGUUGUGCUUGCCGCAGGCCUUCGAGCUCUUCCUCAAGAACCUGGUUGGGGGCCUGCACACCGUCUACACCAAGCUGAAGCGAUUGGGCAUCGAGCCGCUGGUGUGCAACGUGGAGCAAGUGCGCGUGUUGCGAGGCUUAGGGGCCAUCCAGCCAGGUGUCAACAGGUGCAAACUGCUCGCGGUCAAGCACUUUGACAUCCUAUACAAGGAUUGCACCACCGCCAG